AUGGCUCCCCCACCCAGCCGAACCCACAUCCAUGGCGUGGCGUCAGCGGGUUGGUGGCAUAUCACCAAUGACCCAGCCAUCUCUCUGGUCAAGUGCCAGAUUGCUGCAAGGUGGUGCCAUGCUGCCCGCAGUGCGGUGAGGCCUGGUUGGUGCCCUUUGAUUGACUGCGAGCAGACAUUGAGGUCUGCCCCCGGCGCGGCCAAUCACCGGCGCAGAGCAUUCACCUCUGGCAAGAAGGACUCUUGCACGACGCAUUGAAUGCAGCGCGGGCAAACUGAUGAAUCACAUGGCGCAAUCUGAUACGAUUGGACGGCCUCAACUGUCCGUUCCCCUCCCCUGAUGAAUAUCGCCCGUUCCUCCCGUUUCUCCGCUCGGCCCCAUGUUCGUUUCUUUUUUGCUGGGUGGGCCCCCUGGGCACUGCAGGCGAGGCUGCAACACUAAACUUCCCUGCGGGACGUGCGCCACCAAAGCCCGCCGCCAGCGCGCAAUAGGCGCUGCCGCUUGAGAUUG